AUGAGUUCAAAUACGUUUGAAUCAAUUGGCGCAGCCAUUCAUGAAAAAGCUGAUUGUAUUUAUGAACGUUUACGGACACAAAUCAACCGUAUAGGAUCCGCAUCAGGACCUAAUUCACAUAUAUUUUUCGUUCUUGGUGCAUCAGGUGAUUUGGCUAAGAAGAAAAUAUAUCCAACACUCUGGUGGUUAUAUCGUGAUGGAUUUCUGCCCGAAGGUACUCGUUUCAUUGGCUAUGCUCGAAGUCAAAUCACCGUCGACAAAAUCUUUGAAAAUGCUGCAAAAUAUAUGAAAGUGCAAGAAGACGAAAAGGAAACAUUUGCCAAAUUCAAAACACUGAAUUCAUACGUUGCCGGUUCGUACGAUAAAGGGGAAGACUUCGAACGUUUAACCAAUGAGGCAAAUCAUUUGUCGAAACAAGAAAGUGCACAUCGAUUAUUCUAUUUGGCAUUGCCACCCAGUGUUUAUGGCAGUGUAUCAGAAUUGAUCAGUAAACAUUGUCGACCAAAAUCACCGGGCUGGUUACGUUUGAUUGUCGAAAAACCAUUCGGCAAGGAUCUUCAAAGUUCGAACAAAUUAUCUGAACAUCUGAGUAAAUUUUUCAGCGAAGAAGAAAUUUAUCGUAUUGAUCAUUAUCUUGGCAAAGAGAUGGUACAAAAUAUAAUUGUACUUCGCUUUUCUAAUCAAAUUUUAUCCCGCGUUUGGAAUCGAGAUUCCAUCGCAGCAGUAAUUAUUAUUUUUAAAGAAGAUAUCGGCACUCAAGGAAGAGGCGGCUAUUUUGAUGAGUUCGGAAUUCUCCGAGAUGUGAUUCAAAAUCAUCUCAUGCAAAUCCUAUCUAUUCUUGCUAUGGAAAAACCGCGAUCGACUAAAGGCGAGGAUAUUCGUAACGAAAAAGUGAAAGUAUUACGUUGUGUAGCACCGAUUAAACCAGAAGACGUCGUAAUUGGACAGUAUUACGGUGACAAAGAUUCCAAAGAUCCUGAACAUCAAAAAGGCUACCUCGAUGACGAUGGUGUACCGAAAGAUUCGACAACACCAACUUAUGCACAAGUUGUUGUUUCGAUUAAUAACGAACGUUGGGCCGGUGUACCGUUCAUACUUCGAGCAGGUAAAGCAUUAAAUGAAAAGAAAGCAGAAAUUCGUAUUCAAUUCCGUGAUGUACCUGGUGACAUGUUUGACGACGAUAAUCGUGCGAGCGGUGAAAGUAAGAAAUUAUCUCGGGAUGAACUUGUCAUGCGUGUUCAACCGAACGAAGCUGUUUAUUUGAAACUGAAUACUAAACGUCCUGGUGAGAUGGGCUUUAGUAUAGAUGAAACUGAGUUAGAUUUAACCUAUGGUGAACGUUACAAAGGCGUGAAAUUACCUGAUGCGUAUGAACGUUUAAUACUCGAUGUGUUUAUGGGCUCGAAAAUUAAUUUCGUUCGUUCGGAUGAAUUGGAAGAAGCCUGGCGUAUCGUCGAUCCGGUACUCGCCGACAUUGAAAAGAAAAAAAUACCGGUUAUUCCAUAUAAAUUCGGAAGCAUAGGUAUACGUGAAGCAUUUGACGUUGCUGCCAAACAUGGCUACGUUUUUCGCGGCACCUACGUUUGGAAAGAUGAACGAACAACGAAAUCAGAAGAGAAAAACUAA